CCUUACUUGAACCCCAUACUGUUUCUGUACUGAUUUUCUUGGAUGGAGGAAGCUCGAAAACAGCCUUCAUGCACCACAAGUACGGAAGCUAAAGAGAUAUUGCCAACUGAAAAUAUGAAAACUCCCUUGCAGUCAAAUGCACGUUGGCUUAGAACGUACAAAUGGUGGUUUCAAGUGGCCAUCUACAUAUUAUUUCUCCUCUCUGGCCAGGCCGUUGGUACUCUUUUGGGCAGAUUAUACUUUGAUAAGGGCGGAAACAGUACGUGGUUAGCAACAUUGACACUAACUAUGGGCUUCCCCAUGCUCCUACCCUUCCUCUUCCAUUCUUCCUUACAGAAUCAUAAUGCAGAUUAUAGUAGAGUCCAACAGCCUUCCGUUCUUGUCCUUACUUCAAUUUAUGUCUUUCUUGGGCUGUGUACAGCUGGGGAUUCCGUGUUAUACUCACUUGGCCUAAAAUACCUUCCAGUCUCGACUUAUUCUCUGAUAUGUGCAAGCCAAUUAGCAUUCAACGCUGUUUUUGCAUUUUUCCUGAAUGCACAGAAGCUUACCUUUUUCAUAAUAAACUCUCUUGUAUUGCUAACCAUUUCUUCCAUAAUCCUGGUAAUCCACAAGGAUACUGAAGAUUCCAGUAACAACUCCAAGAACAAAUACACAUUAGGCAUUAUAUGCACGGUUGCUGCAUCUGCUCUAUAUGCAUUUGUGCUUUCAUUCACUGAACUCAUGUUUCAGAAGAUACUUAAAAGUAAAACUUUCAGAGUCAUUAUUGAUCUCACAUUCUACGAGUCCUUAGUUGCAACACUUGCAAUCGUAGUGGGGCUUUUUGCGAGUGGAGAAUGGAAGAGUUUGAAAUCAGAGAUGCAGGAUUUUAGACUGGGGAAAGUGUCGUAUAUCAUGACUUUUCUUUGGACUGGGAUAUCAUGGCAGGUUUUCAACAUCGGUUGCAAUGGACUGAUUUUCAAGGUCUCUUCCCUGUUCUCCAAUGUCAUUAGUGUUGUAGGCUUGCCAGUUGAUCCAGUUCUAGCUGUGGUAGUUUUCCACGACAAGGUGACUGCUGCCAAAGUAGUAUCCCUCCUGCUAGCCCUGUGGGGAUUUAUGUCUUAUGCCUAUCAGCAAUAUCUUGAUGAUCUGAAGGCCAAGGCCAAAAGAAAGUGUCCGAGGGAAGUUACAGAAGAUUCGAUCACAGAAAUAUAAGUGCUGGAUAUGUAUUUUGCCCCAUUGUAUUGUUCAUUUAGAGGACAAAUGUUCAAUUCUUGCAACUUACUUGUGAAUUCAGAAGACGAGAUUAGCACUUGCAAUACUCUGGACAAGCAGUUUGUUAUGUCCUGCA